AUGACGGAGUCAAUAGUCGCUAGCGUUCCGAAACCAUUCGGUGUAACCAAAUUUAGAGUGAAGAAUCGCUCGUCCUUGGAAGUUCCAAUCUAUGAUUCUUCGAUUGGAGAAUCCAAAAGGUAUUCCUGUGUCAAGUGUCGCAAGCUGAAGAAGAAAUGUUCCAGAGAGUUCCCAGAAUGUGCAACUUGCACAAUGUCUGGCACUUACUGUAGAUAUACUGAGAGGAAGAAACGCAGAACUCAGUCAAUGGCAUCGCCAAGCGUGAAAGCUUCCUCUCUCUCUCCCGCCACCUUCAGGCCUAGGGAGGAACCAAAUUAUGUGCUUAGUAGCACAGACAAAAAGUUGAAUAACACGUUCGGGCCAGAAGAGAAGGCUACGUCGCCUUAUCCCACUCGUAUUCACCUGCCCCCUAUAGAUACCCUCAAAUUCUCAAGUUCAUUGGAUGUACUCCAAUGUAAGUUGUUGUCCAAUUCUUUCAAUAUUUCCUCAAACGGAUCAAGCUACUCAAUUAUUCCUGUUCACUUGACUACAAAGUAUUUCGAAGCCUUCCAGAGCUUUCAGGAGCAGGCUGGCACCUUCAUUACUUGCGACGACAUCAAGUCAAGUGAAGCUAACUCUCAUUACACGCUGGCAAACGAUAAAAAUUUGGUUUGCAAGUUUAAUCUAGUUGUCGCCAUUGGAGCAACUUUCCUCUCUCACUCCCAACAUAACAUGCUUUCUUUUGAAGAACACAAAUUGGGCACAAGUGCCCGGGAAAAUGCCUUGGAGCUGAUUUCCAAGGAAAAUCUCAUAUCUAAAGAUACCCUACCAAUCACUGAGAUUCUAAUUCUAAUCACGUUGUAUACCUGCCUCGAGAGGGAUCCAUCACUGUCUUGGAAUUUGAUUGGAAUGACCACUAGGAAUUCUCUGUUGAUGAACCUAAACCGCAACUCUGGUGACUCUGAAUAUAGCCAGCGAUUAUUUUGGAGUUGUUACAAUCUUGAUAGACUGAUUUCAUUCUCCCUGAUUCAACCUGUUGCACUAGAGGAUGCUUACAUCAAUAUUCCAAUGAUAGACCACGAACAGUUCAUAAGAAUAACUUCACUGAGAGUCCUGGAAGGAAAGGUUUUGAAAAAGAUUCAUGGUCUUUCCAAGUCUGGUGGUUCUGAACUUGUCACAGAGCUCAGAGGAUUAGUUGAUCGGUAUGACGAAGUCAUCACCGAAUAUUCCAAAGAUCAACUGGCCUCCAGCAAUUCCAAAUUGUGGUUCCUUGCAGAAUACUACCAUCUAGUGUUGUUACUUUAUUAUCCCUCACAGCUAGACUCAACGCCUUCAAAGUUCCAAAUGGAGACUCUGGCUUCCGUCUGUUCCAAAUUUCUUCCCUGCAUCUACAACCUGCAAGUUACCAAAGUGCUCUUAUACAACUGGAUCAGUUUUUACAGAGUACUUAGUCUACUCUCUGCUCAUCUUUACUGUGUAGAUCACGGUGCUUCUCAGUUAUCGGAUAGCAGUAUUGCAAAGUAUUCGUCACUCCUUCAAGGCUACGUGAAAUCAUGGCCAUUUACCACGGACUUGAUUAAGAUCGUGGAAUCCCUACCUAAAAUGUUACCUAAUGAAGCCUUGACUUCCUACAAACAAUUGUUAAAGCAACAUUCUAUAAGAAUAAGCAACAUUCUGUAA